GUGUAUGAGUGAACAGAUAUUUCUGCCGAGUUUUUAUAAGAAAAGCGAGUGAUAUUGGUGAAGCAAAAUUUUGAACAUCAGCAGUUUGAAAAAAUUCUUCGUUGAGGAUAGAACGCUAUAUUUUAGGGAGUAAUUAAAACGAACGAGUCCUUAAUUAAACGAACUUUUUACGCUUAAAACACACACACACAACAAACCGAUCAAAAUGUUCAAGAACCAUUUGGAAAUGAUUGGUCGCAACGAAAGCCCCAGCAAGAAGGCUAAGUUCUGGCAGUCCUACAUCAGAUCCUUGAAGGGAUCUGAGGAUAUCCGUGCCCAUGAGACUCCUAGAGCUUCUCGCCCUUACAGCUCAUACUUAGAUGCCCCUGCCACAUACAGGAGCAUCUAUGAUGAGCCUGCUACCGCCAACGAGCGUGUACAGUCUCAUGGCUACAGAUAUUUGCCCGUCAGCAGAGACACCUAUGGCUACUCACCACGUGCCAUCUACGAUCAUCAUUACAGCAGAACAAUUCCAGCUAACUACGAUGCAGAGAAGGCCUGGAAUGAUCAUUUGAAGCGUAUGCAAGAAAUUGAACGCAGAUACCCAUCUCGUUACGGUUUGUAUCUUAAGGACAAGCCCACCACUCCCAACGCUUUGGUCCCCUUGGAAUAUGAGCCAGAAGAUAAAUUGCUCCAAGAACUCAACAAGGCUCGCCGCUCUCCCACCCCAGCACCAUCACGUUACAGACGUGCCGGCAGUGAACCCUAUGUUCCACCACCAACCUACUUGAACCGUGCUCCCAGUGCUGCUCGUGCUCCAUCUAUGUUCGAUCGUGCACCAUCUGUAUUCGAUCGUGCCACCAGCUUGGCUCCCUUCACCAGACCCUUGUUCCGUGCCAGUUCAUUGGAACCCUUGGAUGAACUCUUUGCCAGUAAGUUAGAAAACCCAAAUGUAUUCGAGCGUGCUGGCUCACCAAGUCCCACUCCCGUUAAGGCUGGUCGCUGGGGACCUCGCCCCACUGAAGUUGCCUAUGAUGCUGAUGGACUUCCCAUCUUCCAUCCCAGAAACCGCUUCAGGGAUAUGUUGGAACCCAACCCAAAUGCCCCCAUCUCAGCCUUCACUCGUGAUCCCUUCUGGUGGGAUAUGGAUGAUUUAGCUCCCAUUCGUGCUCACUCACCAUUCCGUGCCACAUCGGUGCCACGCGGUGGUUCCGUUGCCAGGGAUUCGUUCUUGUCGCCCGUUAAGAAUCGUUACUUGUGGACAAGACACCCCGUCAGACCAUUGACUCCUGAAGAAGAGGCUAUAUUUGAAUAAAUUCAUAAUAAAAACUUUCGAGCUGUAAAAGAAAUACUCUAAUAAUUGUAAUAAAAAAAACGAACUACACCAAAAAAAUAAAAUAAAUAAAUAAAAAAAAAACUUACAGCAACUCAUCUACGAAUUAAUAAAAAAAAUUUCAAAUAAAAAAACGAAUUUUGAGAACUAACCCAAGCACUAAAAUGCACAAAACAAACGAAAAAAAAAAUUGCUCAUCGCUCUCUUUUGUAAAUUGUGAAGCUUCGUUUUUACUAAAAAAAAAACCUAGCAAAACGAAAAAAAGGCCUCAAUACAAAAAACGAUUCUUACAAAGCAACUCAAUAGCGAAAUUCGAAACGAAGAAGAUUUUUUCAACUUUAAACCAACAUUUUACUCUUUCUCUCUCCAAAUAAGCGCUCCAAACUGCACAACCUCAUCAUAAACAACAACAAAAAACUACCAUUAAAAUCAUGACAACAACAACAACAAAUGCCUAAGUGUCAUUUACAUCACCUCUCGCAAAAUAUUUUUUUUUAUUUUUUUAUUAUUAAUUUUCUAUAUUUUCUUUUGUUAUUUUCUGUGUAAAAUAUUGUAUUUAAAAAAAAAAAUAAAAUUUAAAAAAAGCAUGUUAAAAAAUGUAUAAAAAAAAUAAUAAAAUGAUUUACAUUUAAGUUUGUAAAAAAAGUAAUUUUUUAAAAGCUUGUUCCUUUUUGUAUACGAUAAAUAGAAAGAAAAAACAAACACCAACAACAACAAAUAUUUGUAUUUUAUUGAAAAAAAAAAAUAUGUCAAGUGUCAAAUGCACUGUCAAGUUCCAAUGUACUCUCUCUCUCUAUUAAAACAGCAUACCAUUACAUCUACUACACUAACAUCAUUUUGUUUGUGGUAUUGCAAAAAACAAAAACAAUUUUAAAUAAAUAAAACACAAACUGUCAUUUAUUUGAAAAUGUUAAAUUUAUUUAGUUUAUAAAAUUUAAUUUAAAACCAAAUAACAUUUUUUUGUGUAAUAAAAACAACAAAAUAAUUCAUGUCUGCCAAAAAUUCUAUUAAUAAUAAUAUUAAAAAACAAAUAAAUAAAUUUUGUAAUAAAAUUACAAUUGAAAACACCAAAAAAAACAAACUCAAACAAA